GAUCUCCACUUCCUGUGUGCUCUGGAAGUUGUCGGGGACAAUGUUCAUCUUGUACAUGUUGAUAAUGGGUGUUUCUGCCUUCACCAUUCAGCCGGAGGAGUACACAGGUAACUGCCAGUUUCGAGGCAAGCACUACAAAAAUGAAUUCAGGGUGGAAGGGGAGCCUGUGGUCCUGAGGUGCCCCCAGGUGCCGUAUUGGUUAUGGGUCUCUGCCAGGUCCCACAUCAACAUGACGUGGCAUAAAAAGGACUCUGCUAGGACAGUCCCAGAGGAAGGUGACAUGCGCAUGAGGGUCCAGGAUGGUGCUAUCUGGGUUCUGCCAGCCUUGCAGGGUGACUCUGGCACCUACAUCUGCACUGUCAGAAAUGCCUCUUACUGCGAUGAAAUGUCCAUUGAGCUCAGGGUUUUUGAGAAUACAGAAGCUUCUCUGCCAUUCAUCUCAUACCCACAAAUUCUAACCUUGUCAACCUCCGGGGUAUUAGUGUGUCCUGACCUGAGGGAAUUCAUCCACAACCAAACUGAUGUGAAGAUUCAAUGGUACAAGGAUUCUGCUCUUUUGGAUGAAGACAAUGAGAAAUUUCUAAGCGUGCGGGGGACCACUCGCUUACUCGUGCACAACGUGUCCCUGGAGGACGCGGGCUAUUACAGCUGUGCCACCACCUUUGCCCAGGAAGGCAGGCAGUACCACGUCACCAGGAGCAUUGAACUGCGCGUCCACAAAAAAAAAGAGGAGACCAUUCCUGUGAUCAUUUCCCCCCUUGAGACCAUAUCAGCUUCUCUGGGGUCAAGGCUGACCGUCCCGUGCAAGGUGUUUCUGGGAGCUGGCACAGCCCUGAGCACCGCGCUGUGGUGGCUGGCCAACGACACACACAUAGAAAGCGCCUACCAAGGAGGCCGCGUGACCGAGGGGCCGCGCCAGUAA